AGUGUUUAAAUUUGUAAUAAUGCUUCUCCUGGAAGUGAUAAUAAUAAUUUCACAGUCCUUACUAUGAAGGCAACCCCAAUAUAUAACUGCUUCAAAUGAAUCGGGGGGGGGGGGUGUUGGUCUUAUUGCCUGGCAAAGCAUUUUAGGAAUUUUAAGCCAGAGGAAUUUAAAGUAGUAAUUCAAAUGCUAAUACUGAAAGUGGAAAGAAGAGAAAGAAACGAAACCUCACGUACUCUUAAGAUAAAUGAUAAAUGUUUGAGUGGAAUUUGUGGGGGAAAGAGUGAAGCGAGUGUGUGAUGUAUGUAAAUGUGUGAUUGUGGAUGUAAAUGAUUUCCAGGUUUACUAGAGCUUUACUUUACUCAGGGUCACUGCAUGUGUGAUGGGGAUUCAGCUCGCCCCUGAAACAGACAAAGGGAGCACAGCUGAACAAAGGCACAAGGCCAUCACUGCACUCACUGAUCCUCUUAAAAAAACUGAAGGUACACAGGCUCAAAUAAAUAGUUGUACGACCCACCCACGUAAUAAUUAACUUCCUGGGUUGGUGCAAGAGUGACUUUGGCCACAUAAUUAGAGCGUUUUCUCCGCUGGCUAAGGUGUCAGACAACAGAUGGUGUGAUUAUGGACAAGAAGACAGAGAAGCUUAGCCUGAAGCGAGAAGUGGGGCUGGCAGGAGCCGUGUCCCUCAUCGCAGGCACGAUGAUUGGAUCUGGGAUCUUCAUGUCCCCACAGACGGUGCUGUACACCAUCGGCAGCCCUGGAGCCAGCCUGGUGGUGUGGGCGUGCUGUGGCGUCCUCGUGAUUCUGGCCUCCUUCUGCUACGCUGAGCUGGGCACCGUCAUCCAGGAGUCUGGGGGAGAGUACAUCUACAUCCUCAGGACCUCAGGGCCGGUCGUCGCCUUCAUGCUGAUCUUCAGCUCCGUGUUGUUUGUGAGGCCUGCUGGCGUCGCUGGCAUCGCUCUGAGUUUUGCUCAGUAUGUGGUGGCUCCUUUCUACCCAGAAUGCCCCCCUCCAGAGCUGCUGGUGAAGUGCGUGGCUGCAGUUGCAAUCAUCACCCUCGCCACCGUGAACUGCCUCAAUGUGCGCUUUUCCAUGUCAGUGCAAGUGUUUUUUAUGGUGGCCAAGGUCCUGGCCCUGGCAGUCAUCAUUAUAGGAGGAGUGGUGAUGCUUAUCAGAGGCCACAAUGAAAGCUUUAAAGACUCUUUUGCAAACACAAAUGUGGGCAUCAACCCAAUUGGCAUUGCUUUCUACCAGGGGCUGUGGUCCUAUGAUGGCUGGAACAAUCUCAAUUAUGUGACUGAGGAGUUGAAACGUCCAGAGGUCAACCUUCCUCGGGCAGUUGUGAUAGCCAUUUCUCUGGUGACUGGCUUGUAUCUGCUAGUGAAUGUGAGCUACCUGACAGUGAUGACGCCCAAAGAGCUCAUGUCCUCCAGCGCAGUAGCAGUUACCUGGGGGAAUAAGGUGUUAGGGAGCUGGGGCUGGAUCAUGUCUGUGGCCGCUGCGUUGUCAGCCUUUGGCUCACUGAACGGGACCUUCUUCAGCGGCGGCCGUGUGUGCUUUGUUGCUGCCAGGGAAGGACACAUGCCAGAUAUUCUGUCCAUGGCUCACGUCCACAGACUGACUCCGUCCCCGGCACUGAUCUUCACCACCAUCGUCUCUCUGGUGGUGCUGAUCCCAGGAGACUUCCAGAGCAUCGUUAACUUCUUCAGUUUCACUGCCUGGUUUUUCUACGCUAUCACCCUGUCUGGACUCCUCUAUCUCAAGAUCAAGAAGCCAGAGCUCCCCAGGCCGUACAGAGUUCCCAUUAUACUUCCCAUCCUGGUCCUCAUUGCAGCAGUAUUCCUUGUGCUGGCACCCAUCAUAGACAAUCCUCAGAUUGAAUACCUCUAUGUGACUUUAUUUAUCUUCAGUGGGAUCUUAAUCUACAUUCCCUUCAUCCAUUACAGGCUCUGCCCAGGCCUGUUAACAAGGUUAACAGUGCUGCUGCAGCUGUUCUUAGAGGUCGCCCCUGUAGAGAAAAACCUGUGAUUUCCUCUCUUUAUUAAACUGCUUUUAAACUAGA